ACCAGCUGUAUCCUCUUUAGUCCUUUCACAUUAAUCACCCUCACCAGCUCACCGUCUCUUUCAAAUCUCACCAUUUUCCGGCGUCUCCUACCGGUGUUUUGGACGAUUAGAUGUCGUCGUAUUGGUGCUACCGGUGCGCAAGGUUCGUGAGGGUCUUUUCUGAAAACCACGUCGUGUGUCCUCACUGCGACAGUGGAUUCGUCGAAGCGGUGGACUCCGCGCCCGCCUCGCCGGAAUCCCUCCCGCGAUUUCCGUCGUGGGGCGAUAGAUCCGAGGAAAAUCAAACAGCAAGCGUCGUUCACCGACGGAGCCGGCGGAACCGUGGAGACAGAUCUCCGUUUAAUCCUGUCAUAGUUCUUCGUAGUCCGUCUGAAUCUGGCCGAGAAGAUGGUCGAGAUGGAGGUGAACGGAGCUACGAGCUUUACUACGACGACGGUGAAGGGUCAGGUCUCCGGCCUCUGCCGCCGACGAUGUCGGACUUCUUAAUGGGCUCCGGAUUUGACCGGUUGCUUGACCAGCUUGCGCAGAUCGAGGUAAACGGUAUCUGGAGACCGGAGAAUCCCCCGGCGUCAAAGUCAGCAAUUGAAUCGAUGCCAAUCGUCCAGAUCUCCUCCACCCACAUAAACUCAGAUUCUCACUGCGCCGUUUGCAAAGAAGCCUUUGUUCUCGGUUCAGAAGCUCGCGAAAUGCCCUGUAAGCACAUUUACCAUCCAGACUGCAUUCUGCCAUGGCUGUCUCUUCGGAACUCCUGCCCCGUCUGCCGCCACGAGUUACCCACCGAGACCGGGAACCCGACUUCCGAGCAAGUCAACCACUCACGAAACGCAGAAGAAGCAAUAGGAUUAACAAUCUGGAGAUUGCCAGGAGGAGGUUUUGCAGUGGGAAGAUUUUCCGGCGGGAGAAGAGGAGCCGAGAGAGAGCUUCCUGUAGUAUACACCGAAAUGGACGGUGGAUUUAACAAUGGUGUACCUAGAAGAGUAGCGUGGAGAUCGAGAAGAACCAGACGAAGAGAUAACAAUCACAGUCAUCAUGGAAUUGCUCGAUUUUUUUCUAAUUUGGCAUCCAUGUUUCGGAGAUCCAGAUCAUCUUCUCAGUCAACAAUUUCUAUAAACCCAACGAGUCCGGAGUCAUCCAUAUCAGAAUCAUCCAUUUCUCGAAGCCGUAGCGUUUCUUCUUCAUCAGUCUUUAGUAGAUACUUGAUGAGGAGGAACAGUAGAAGUAUGGUUCAGGAAGGGCAACGUGGGAUUUUCAGAUGGUAAUACCAUUUUUGUGGCACUAAAGAAAUGGGUGCAUGAUGAUUAACUGUAGAUAGACAAUGCAAUGCUCUGGAUUCUUGAUUUGAAAUCCCUAGAUAAUAAAAGAAUGAUUUUUUGAAUUAUUUGAUGCAAUUAAAUCAAUCUUUGAAGCUGAUCCUUCUUUAGAAAACUUAAAGAAGCUCAGCUCAGCAUAGUCCUUUUUAUGCCAUUGAUCUGAAUGGAGUUGUUGAUUUCUUGUUAUGUAAUUCUUUUUCCAAACUGACUUAGUAAUUUUCAGUUGUUUAUAUAUGGACCCUGUGCUUUGAAAA